GUUUAUGGCGCUCGAUGGCGCGGAGGUGGCUGCUGUGCGCGAUUCUGAGGCCAGCGCGUGGCUGGAUGCGUCGCCGGAGCUUGUGAGCAGUGCCAGAUCUUUCUCCGAGCAGAUAUUCGCGCUCGCUGUCACGUAUUUUCCCAGGAAUCCGCUACGCCGGCUGCUUACGCAGGGAUUCGACGCCGAGCAGAUAUGGCAGCAGAUCGAGAUCCAGGAUCGCCAGCUUCUUGCGUCCGUGAGGAGGCAGAUCAGGGAUUUGGAGAAGGUGGACGCUGCCGGGGAUUUUUUUGGAUUGGGAAAUGCUGUUACUGAGGAGCAAGAGAACGGAAAGGCGGAGGCUAGUGAUGAUUCUCUUAGUGAGGAGGACAAGGAAAAUGAGGGAGAGGAAGUGUCUGAUGAAGAGGAGGAAGAGGCGGAGGCUGGAGUGUCGAAUGUUUUGGAGGACAAGUUCUUGAAGCUCAAGGAUAUGGAUAGAUUUUUGCUGGAUGCUGAGGAAGACUACCAACGGGGGGACGAGGCUCCUGAAAAGGAUGAAGAGGAGGAUGACGAGGAGGAUGACGAGGAGGAUGACGAGGACGAUGGUGCGGAUUCUGACGACGGAGAUAAAGAUAUAAGAUACGAGGAUUUCUAUGGAAAGAUCAAGAGCAAGGAAAAGAGCCAAGUUAAAGAUCAUGACAAGGAACAAGAAGAAGAACCAGGCGAUGAUGACGAUGAUGAUGAUGAACAAGGGGAAGAUGAAGAAGAAGAGGUUAAUGAAGAGGACGAAGGACAACAAGAACAAGGACGUAAAAGCGAGAGGGUGCAAGAAAAAUCUUCGCAUGAAAAACAACUGGAGAAGACACAAAAGCGUAUCGAGCUGCUGGAAAAGGCUAACAUGGAUCCAAAAGACUGGACAAUGCGUGGAGAGAUUACGGCAGCCAAACGACCCAAGAACAGCGCGCUUGAAGCUGAUUUGGAUUUCGAGCAUAACGCGCGACCUGCACCUGUAAUCACCGAAGAAGUCACGACUUCUCUCGAAGAUCUCAUUCGGCGUCGUAUCAUUGACGGCCUGUUCGAUGAUGUUGAAAGGAAGCAAAAACUACCAGAUGUGCCUCUUGCGCAAAAGAUGGAAAUCGAUGAAAGCAAAAGCACGAAGGGAUUGGGUGAAUUAUACGAGGAGGAAUACAUGCAAUCUGCAGGGCUUGCAUCAGCUCCGGAAACCGAAGCAGAUAAACUGAAACAAGAGGCAAGAGAUGUGUUUAAAAGGUUAUGCAUAAAACUGGAUGCGCUGGCUCACUUCCAUUUCGCUCCAAAACCUGUGAUAGAAGACAUGGCUGUCAAAGAUGUUCCAGCGCUUGCUAUGGAAGAGGUGGCGCCUGUAUUCGUUUCGGACGCAUCGAUGUUAGCCCCGGAGGAGAUGUUUAGCGGUAAAGGAGCAGUAAAAGACGAGAAGGAGCUCGACAAAGGCGAUAGGAAGAGGAGGCGUGCCUCAAAGAAGCGUAAAUAUAAAGCUCAACAAAAAGCCCAAGCUCUGCCUAAAAGGCCUCGAACGGAUGACAAAACUGAAGAACAGCUUUCCGCAGCUCCUAAGAAGAAGCAAACUUCCGACUUCGUGAAAUCUGCCAAGGUUUUUGCGGAGCUUGACCGGCAAAAAACUCAGCCCGCUGCCAAAGCUAAGAUUGAAAAAUCGAUGCAACCUUCCUCUUUCAAGCUCUAGCCAGUGAUCACCUUUGGCAUUAAAAUAUACGUGGAAUGGCUCGCAAUUUUCCGAGGCUUUCGUCAAGCUUUCCUCUGAUCACUCCUACGCUGAGUGGUCAGAACGAAAGAAUUCUAGGUAGCUUUGAGCAAUCCAAAAGGAUCUUAGACAAAAAUGUAAAAGUCACAGGAUGGAACUAGAUGCCAAAGUUAUGCCUGGCGAGUGCCAUCCAGCCGAUGCUUCACGCUCUUUAAAACUCUCAGCUCACCAUC